AUGAAACAAUGGGACAGCCUACAUCACUCUAAGAACAAGAGUGAAAAAUUCCACCCGAGAGCUCCAAUGGCAGCCCUAGGCUCCCUAGCCCCGGGAUUGACAUGGAGCUCCUGGAGGAAACAAGGCAUCACACACAUAGCGGACGCUUACCACAACCAACAACUUAUGCCCUUCCCGGACCUCCAAAAGAAAUACGGACUACCGAAUUCCUCCAUUUUCCAAUACCUCCAACUCAAAAGCAUCGCGGCCCAUAAAAUCCUUACACAAAGGGACACCACACCCCAUGACCACCACUUCCUAGACGCCAUACAUGACAGAUGCUGGCAGACACCCACCAAACCCAAGUCCCUCGCUCUAUGUUAUGCUUCACUGCUACACAACACCGCCACCACACACUUUCCCUACGAAAAACAAUG